UUUUGCUGCUGUUCCGCCGCUGUUAACCACCUGUUCUGCCGCUGUUGCAGCUGUCUUUGCUGUUGUCAGCCGCCAGUCUUUGGAACUCUGUUAGAGUUUCUGGUUUUUGGGGUUAUUUGGUGUCAUUGAUCAAUUGAUCGAUUGGAAGAUGAUAAAAGCACUAUUUAGGUUUUCUUGUUCGGGAGCUAUUAGCUAUUGUUCUUGGUUACCACCGUGACAUUCUUGUCCUUCAUUGAUCAGAGGCUGAGGCAGAGGCUGAGGUAUUGUCUUUGUUCAGUUUAUUGUUUUGUAUUUCGGGUUAUUCUAAUUCACGAUUAGGUUGUGUUUAUGCGGGGUGGUUGUUACUAAGUUUGUUGCUAUGAUAUUACCUUGAUCGAUUAGAAAAGGAAAGAAGAUUAGUACCCUUGUUUGAAGUCAGCCCAUUGAAACAAGGUAUUAGGUUGAUUAGGGUUAAGCCUUUAUUCGACCGGGUAUAUACGGGUGUUUUGGGUUGGAGUGGAUUCUGUUGGAUAUGAUACUGGUUGUGAAGACAAUAGAGCUAGCAGGUUUGGAGUGCUUUGUAUUUUGAGUAUUCCUGUUCCAGGGUUCCUAGUGUCGACACGAGUGAAAAAAAGUUGGUCAAGUGAUGGAACUAACGCUUGUUUUCUCUACUGCUCUAUUGAUCGUUUGCUGUUAACUGGUCUGGAACUGUGGAUGUAUGAAAGUGGUAAGUCUACUAAGCCAUUUCAAGAACUGCAACAAGGGAAACGAAGAAUGCCUUAACCAGGAAGAUCAAGGGUUAACAACUCAAGGCCUAGAACUUUUAGAUACAACGCUCAAAGAAUUAUGGGAUGGAAGUCAGCUGGGCUAUGACACAGCCCAACAAGAAUCUCAAGUCAAUCAAGGCCUCAUUGCUUUAACACAAAUCAUAAGAGGUGUAGAACUUGGAACAGAAAAGGCAUACUAUCUCUUGGACUCAAAAUUCAAGAAGUAUUGGGGAACCAAAGCCCAAGAAGUCAAGAAAGGGCUAGUAGACCAAGUAAGUGAAUCACAAUUCGUCUAUGAAGAAAAUGGUGCAAACGGUCCAACAAAUGAAGUCUAGCCCAAAAAUCCUUAAUAAAUCCAAAAUAUGAAGCAGUGGAAAUAAUGGACCUAACCACAUCAUCAAUCAUCAAGAUUUUCACGUAUCUUCAAGUUACUAUGCUCUUUGUUUGAUUCCCUUAAAAGGAAUGGAGUGUGUCAAAAGCAAGAAUAGUAAUAUGUCCUUUGCUUGUCAUUUGUAAUAAUUCCUCCUAAAGGAAUGGUGUGUAUCCAAAGCAAAGAUAGCAAUAUGUCCUUUGCUAGUUGUCAGUAAUAAUUCCUCUUAAAGGAAUGGUGUGUAUCCAAAGCAAAGAUAAGUAAUAAGUCCUUUGCUUGUCGUUUGUAAUAAUUCCUUUAAAGGAAUGGUGUGUAAGUAAAGAGAAGAAUAGGUUGAAAUUAGUGACUAUGGGGCCCAUAAGUGCACCCGGCUAAUACCUAAUCAUAUCUCUUGAAAUUGUAUAAAUAGAUGUCAUUGUAUAUUGAGAAGAAUCACGAUAGGAAUUACCUAAUCUGAUAAUUCUCUAAAUAUUUUCAAUAUAAGUUUGAGUUUGAGUUC